AUGUCUGAUUUACCGAAUUCCACGGAUCCACAACCACAGUCUACUUCAGGUCCCUCGCAUGUGAAAAGUGUUGUCACCAAUAUUAGAAGCCCAAGGACCUUUUCAACCCCUUCUCCCAAAUCGGCGACUUUCGUUGUCAGGGAUGGAUCCAAUCAACGGCCGACAGUGCUCAAUACCGAGCAAUCGAUGAAAACAUAUGUUGUCGCGUUGGAGCCGACUGAUGUAGAGGAGUCCUCACCAGGUCCCUCGAAUGUAACCAUCGGUCCAUUCCUCGAUUCAGACGGCGUCCCCACGGAAUCGAGUGUCAACACGGCUCCAAGUGUCAAGAUGACACCGGCAGCUUCCACACCCGUCCCUGCAGUUCCACUCGUGCAAAGGCCCAAUGCAGCUGCCGCCACGCCAUAUGCUUCAGCUUUGGCCAAAAAAGCCAUCAUUGUGUCUUACCACUUUGGUGUACGACGACUCACGUGCCCGUUCCAGCCUUACUUAAGCAGAAUGAGGGAACACCUCUGCCGGCACACCAAUGAGCGUCCGUUUACGUGUGAGAAGUUAUCUGUCGGUUUUAUAACGUAUAGUAAACUGCUGCAACAUGCGAAGAUCCACACAGACGAAAGCAGUGACGUGAAGGACAAUGGAGAGUGUUCUUCAGCGGCAGCUUACUUAUCAAAUCUGGCCUUUGAAAUAUUGUUGAGCGGAUCAGUUUGCUCCUCCCAGCCGUCUCCUGUGAAUUCUGCGAAGUCCAGAGGUCAUCCAGAAGCGAAUGCCGCGGCCCCGACGGAUGCGGAUCGCGGUAGCACUGACGCCGUCGUCUCUAGUCCAAGCUCUGACCAUGAUCGGUUCCUACUUGAAUCCAUGUUAUUAUUCGCCCUACGCCGACGGUUUAUCAAGGCUGCCUGCAAAAUUUCUGCGACAAUGCACCGGUGCAAUUUGGUCCCUGCCAGUCUACUUCUAUGGUGCUUAAACGCCCAGGUGCCCAAAGUAAUACGUCCUUUUGGCCAUCCCACCGACCCCACGGACUCAUCCAUUCUCCCCAUCUUAGAGGAGUUGUCCAGAGGCGCCCAAGCUCUCGCGAAGUCGGCUGGCGAGCAGAGUCCCUUCUGCGCGCCGCUGCGGCAAUACAAGACCCAUGUGGAUAAAGUGCUCAUGUGCAUUUACCUGGAAUCGCCUUCUCUCGACAAGUGGCCUGAUCUGAUUGCCAAGCUUAACCAAAAAUUUCCUCCUGCCUCUAAGGUGUUCGAAAUUCAAUCAUUUCGCAAUGACUUUGCGAAGCUCCUGAUGUCGGUCAACACCGCGGAGAGGUUUUUGACUGACACCUGGUUUCCAGGUCGUGAGGCGGCUUUUUUGGGGCUAGUUGGCGACGCCCAGAAUGUAACCGACCGUUUACCAAACACGAUUUUUGAUCAGGUGGGCACCCGAAAUCACGGGCUCUUCGUGAAAUCCGCGAGGAAAUUUGACACCAACCUGACGAACACCUUGCUUACUGUGCUCCGCAAUAAUCAGGAAGCCUGUACAGAAGAAAAAUUGAUCCAAAUCGCAGAGUGCCUUGCGUCACCUUAG